UUGACAAAAUAUGCCUUUUAAGAUACAAACCAGGCUUUGCAUGCAAAGAAAGAAUAUCCAACUUUGCUUGCACCUUAUAGUUAUUGCCCAUGACCAAGUAUAACAAACCUUCGCUUAGCAUAGGCUUCUCCUUCAAAUAAGCAGGCAUCGAUGGGGUUCAGGACAAUUGUUCAGGAAGUUAACAUUUCAGAACUGUUUAGUAGUCAAGAAAAAUGGAGCAUUUGAUCAAGCAAACUACCAGGGUGAGAUUUACUGGACAGCAAAGCACAGGAGCGCCUGGCAGCUCAAAAGAAAGGAGAAUACCCGUCCAGAAAACCCCAUCUUUUAAAGAAGGUCUAAUGGUUGGUUUUGCAGAAAAGAAGAGACCUCAAAACUGGUUCCGGAGACAGAUUUCUUGGAAAAUGAAUCAAAAUCAUGAUUCCAAUGGAAUAGAGCGAGCAAUAGCUGUUGCAGCAGCUGCAUAUGUUAUUGCAUCACUUGAAGAAUCAAGCACCCCAGAACAGAAAAAGAUUGGUGACGGCACUGAACCUUCUCUGACCCCAAUCAAAAGCAGAAAGGAAGAAAUAACAGUUUCAAGACCAGAACCAGAAAUUGAAGAAAGCAAGGUGCCAGAAACUGCACCUACAGAAGAAAAAUCACCGGUGAAGGUUGUUGGUCCUGCUUCGUCAAUGAAAAAGGCCCCAACUUUUACUGAUAAGCGUGGUUCAUCAAUGAAAAAGACUCUAUCUUUUACUGAUAAGCCUGCUUUACCGAUGAAAAAAGUUCCAGCUUUUGCUGAAGAGCAAUUGAGCAGAAGUGAUGACAUAGAGCCUGAAAGUUUAAAGCAGAAGACUGCUCAACUUGCCAUUAGACCUGAAAUUGAAGCACCGAAACCUGACUGGCGUAUCCCAACUAAACCUGCAACUUCACCAGCUAAAGUUGACAGGCAGACUUCAACAAAACCUGAAAGUGGAGGAACAGAAGCAGAUGCUUGGGAGAGAUCUGAACUUGCUAAGAUCAAAAAGAAGUAUGAUGCGUUGGAGGCCAGAAUUCUUUCCUGGGAGAACAAGAAGAAGAAGAAAUCUAGACAUCGGUUGGACAAAUCGGAGGGUGAAUUGGAGAGGAAAAGGUUAAAGGCCUUGGAACGAUUUCGCAGUGAGGUGGAAGAUGUCAAUCAGAUUGCUGAAGGAGCAAGAUCAAAGGCAAGGAAAGAGCAACAGAAUGAAGAGUUAAAGGCAAAAGAAAAGGCAAAUAAGUGUAGAAAAGCAGGAAAAGUUCCUACAACAUGUUUCGGCUUCUGAAUAUGAGAUUAUCCGGGUUUGAGAAGCAAAGCAGCAAUCUUUCUUGGUCAGAAAUGUAAUCACAUACAUUUGUUACACACCUCUUUAUGUUAAGUUGCUUUCACCACAACCAAAUGUACAGAAAUCAGAUAAUGUUGACAAAUAGUGCCCAGCAGAGGUUGUUCUGAAUUUAAAAAUCGAGAGAAGGGGAACUGUACAUAUUCUAUAAGCUGCAAACUGAAAUAAGUUUAAUCUACACUUUCUGAAGAAAACAUAAAUUCAUAUCUAACUUGUCAUGCCACUA